CCUGGACACUGCACCAACAGGGGGCGCUGCGUCAACGGCCAGUGUGUUUGCAAACAAGGAUUCACAGGUGCGGACUGCGCUGAAAAAACUUGCCGUAACAACUGCAGCGAACGCGGCAGGUGUGUCAACGGGAAGUGUGUUUGCAGCGUCGGCUUCUCUGGACCAGACUGCUCCGCUAAAAGUUGUUCCAAUAACUGCAGCAACAGGGGGCGCUGCAUCAAAGGCAAGUGUGUGUGCAGGCGGGGCUUCAAAGGGCAGGACUGCAGCCUGUGUGAGGACGGAAUGACGGGGACGAACUGUGAGACAGUGAUGUCAGGUGUUUCCCAGCUGAGAACUCAGGACGUCACGGAGACGUCCGUCACUCUGCUCUGGACUCCGCCUGCUGUGCAGUACGACACCUACCACGUCAGCUUCAGCAGCGAG